GUUGAUCAGUUGCUUGACUUGCUCCGAGAGAGAGAGAGAGAGAGAGAGAGAGAGCUCUUCUCCUCUUCCAACUUCCAAGCAAACAUCGAAAAGUCUAAUUCUGUUUCUACAUCGUAACUUCUGCUGAUUCGGUCCUCUCUCUCUCUCUCUCUCUCUCUCUCUCUAAAGUCUUCUCUUUGCAUCUCUCUCGGAAUCAAAAUGGAGAAGUACUCUGACACAGUCGAUCGGUAAACAUAUUCAUAUGUGUUGUAUAUAAUCGUUGGUGAAUUGAGGUUGUAGAAAGGAGGCGAGGGACCAUGGAAAAUACACCCAACACAUCUACUCUACAUUCAUCUUCGUCGAUAUUGACGAAUUACCCUCUCAUUUCGGCUCUCGUUGCCUUUGCUAUCGCCCAAUCCAUCAAGUUCUUCACCUCCUGGUAUAAGGAGAGACAUUGGGAUCUCAAGAAGCUUGUUGGAUCUGGCGGGAUGCCAUCUUCGCACUCUGCAACUGUCACAGCUCUUGCUGUGGCGGUUGGUUUCCAAGAUGGCUUUGGAGGAUCACUGUUUGCAACUGCAUUGACCUUAGCAUGUGUUGUGAUGUAUGAUGCAUUUGGUGUAAGACUACAUGCUGGACGCCAAGCAGAGGUUUUGAACCAAAUUGUUUAUGAGCUUCCUGCUGAACAUCCUCUGGCUGAGAGGGGGCCGCUACGCGAACUUCUUGGACACACACCUCCUCAGGUCAUUGCUGGUGGGUUUCUGGGACUUGUUACAGCAACAAUAGGACAUUUUAUUGUUUGGGCUGGUAGUCAAGCUUGAUGCAACAGCUUGACGUUUCCUGGCAGUUUCCAUGUGGACCAUGCCCCCCCUGAAUUUCCAGAAAUGUGUUCAUAGAAGUGUUUCACGUAUUUGAAUAUGACGCCAUUGUUGUCAAUAAUUUGAUUAAUACAUAUAUCUUGUAGUCCAUGGCCUUCUGGCCGUUUGAACAAUACCUGUAUUGAAGGUACACUUUAUUUUACCGCAAUUGCUACUGCAGUGCGCUAUGUUAAGACUUGAUUCGACCA